UGUUUUAAAACAGUAGUGGAACCAGCCUGGUAGAGCCGUGCUGUGACUCAUUCACUGGCAAUGUGUUUGCACUCUGGACCUGCGCUCUUAUUGGUGGAGGAUGAACGCAGGCGGGCGUGGCUCUCCUCUCGCACCUCUGCCGUCCCACAUUCUUCUGUUCUGCUCUCACAUGUGGAGCAGGGCUCGUCCUGGGACACUAAAAUAAGCUGCUUUCUCCUGGGCUUUGUUCAUCUGUGGCGAACUGGACUAAAGAAGUUCUACUGAAUAAUUGCAUGGCACCUGACACAACUUAGGCAGCAAGUUGACAGACACUGUCUUUCCUGGAAGUUGUGCUUCAUGGUUAAAUGAAAGGCGGGUCUGUGUUUUUGUAGAGGUAGCUGCUGUGGCUCUGGAAGCUGUGGUAUGCCAAUGGGGAAACCGAAGCACUCGUGGGAGCAGGAAGUUUUGUGAUUUGAAUCAGUAAUGUUUCUGCUCCAGUUAACACCAAUGUAUGGUCUGACCUGAACAGUGAGGCGCUGACCUGGACCCCAAACAAUACACACAUGAGCGGGUUUAACGCGUCAGCCCCGGCUCUCGCCGCCCACCGUGCAUGAUCACCAGUCUGGCUUCGCUGCUUUGCCAGCCGGCUCACUGCUCAGUGCUGCUCUGCCCCCCGCACCGGCGACAGGCGGUCGCCAAAGCCAGUCGGCAAAUGCGAGUGCCAGGCAGGUCGGCUGUGGUGGCGGAGUCUGUGCAGGAGGUGCGACUCAUCCGGAAGUCUCUAUGGGAACUUCAUAAGCUCCUGACGGACCUCCCAGAUGACAUGCUGGAGGACAGCCGAGACUCCUCCUUGGCCGAGCUGGACGACUCGCCCUGCGGUAACCAUGGCAACACCAACAGACCCCAGCAUGUUCGGAAUGGGCAAACUCAAUGGACCAAUCAGCAAAGACCCCCUAUCACUGAGGAAACCUACCUUGAUAACUAUGAAGACGAAGGUUCCUACCAUCAGGACUACAGCUAUGAGAAUGGUCACGCCCCACUUCCCCAGGGGGGCCGUGAGGGGUACCCCUACUCCAGCAUGGGACUUGAGGAGUCCUCAUGCACCAAUGACUUCUCCACAGAGAGGGGGUACGAGCAGGAACCGUACUCCCCCUCCAAGCUCUCCAACAACGUGCCGAACUACAACCAGCACAGGAACCAUUUCCAGAAUGUGGACGGUGGCGGGACAGCGGAAACAGCCGAUCAUUAUAAGGCCACUUACCAGCCCCACCAACCUGUCCAGAUGUUCAACCCAGAGAGUCUCCAGAACGGACAUCUCCAGAACGGACUCCACGAGAACGGACUCCAUCAGAACGGACUCCAUCAGAACGGACACUUUGAGCAGCUCCAGCGGGAAUUCCUGGACUCCAGACAGAACACGCAAGAGGGGCAGCAGCUAGCCCAGCUCCAGGUGCUGCACCAGGCCCAGGCCAGACAGCUGGAGGAGCAGGAGCUCAAGCAGGACGACGGCAAGCGCAGGAUCCGCUUCCUGGAGCACCAGCUCGCCAUCGUCAAGGAUGAAAAGGAGGGUUUGGCAGUGACUCUGAAGGAGUCGUCUCGUGUGCUGGAGGAAAACCAGAGUAGGGAGGCUCAGCUGCAGGCCAGCCUCAAAACCCUGGAGCACCAGAUACACACACUCACCGAGAGGGACCAGGAGAGCCAGAAGAAGCAGCGGGUAGCCGAGGCAGCGGUGGCCAGCUUGCAGCAGCAGAUGAUGGAGAUGUGUCGCUCCGACACACUCACACGCACACGAGAGCAGCACGACCGAGACCUCCACACUGUCAGGGAGCAGCACGACGCCAGGGUGCUCAGCCUGCAGCAGAUGCUCGACACACACACACAUGCCCUGCAGGAGCAGACGGAGCUGGGCCAGCGACUGCGUGAGCAGGUGAGGCAGCUGGAGCGGCAGAGGGAGGAGGAGCACGUGGAGAGGGCCUCCGUCAUCAACGCCCUCACAAAGCGCCUGGAGGACAGCCAGAAGCAGUGCGCCAAGCUGCUGCACGCAGGUGGGGUGCAGGAGAUGACUCGGAUGCAGAUGAGACUGCAGCAGGCCCAGUCUGCCAAGACCAUGAGUGAGGAGAUGAACAAAGCGCUGCAGGAGGAGCUUAAUGACCUGAAGGAUCAGAUCAGGCUGUAUGAUGCUGCUGUGAAACACAAAGCCAUCUCAUUGGACAGCGGGGGAGACUGGGAUAACCAGCUGUCCGACUCCUACGCACAGCUGGGCAUCAAGAAGGUCAACUGGAAGAACGCACACCUGCACAGUACCCCGGCGCAGGGCCAGGGGGAGGGUGUGGAUGGCGGCGAGGUGGUGCGGGAGCUCCGAGCAGAGCUGCAGCGGAGCCUGGCCAGCCUGAAGGACAAGCGCCAGCGCAUCUCCCAGCUGCAGCAGGACCUGCACACCUCACAGGACCAGCUACAGCAGCUGCAGCACGACAGCACACACUCCAGCACCAAGCUCUCACCGAAGCCUCCGGAAGCCGUGGACAGACUAGCCGCGGCGGUGGCAGCGUCUCCCUCAGAGCUGGCUCUACUGCAGGAGGAGCGGCAGCACCUACAGGACAAAGUAGAGGCUCUGGAGAGGCGUAAUAAAGAGAUGAAGCUGGGUGAGGAGAAGGUGAAGGCUGCCAACUCUGAGCUGUGCAGCAAGAUGAGGGAGAUGAUCCAGGAGCUGGACCAGGAGAAGCAGGAGGCCGAGAAGAGGCAUGAGCGGACGCAGCAGCAGUUCCGUGAUGACGUGGUGAUGCGCGUGCGUUCGGAACUGACUCAGCAGCACCAGGCUCAGAUGGAGGAGCUGAGAGCCCAGCAGCAGCAGCAGACACAGGACCUAGAAGCUAAGCUGUGUGAGGUGCAGGAGGAGAUGGGUGCAGUGCAGGAGUGCUACAUCUCCGUCUGCAAGGAGAAGAGCCGGCUGGAGGAGGUCCUGACGAACAGAGCAGAGGAGGAGACUAAAACACAGCUGCAGAGUGAGCGUGCUGUGGAGCAGCUGCGUGCAGAUCUGCAGUGUGAGCACCAGGGGGAGCUGUCGCGCCUCAGGAGCCAGUGGGAGGGAGAGCUGCAGGAGCGGAUCCAGAGCAGCGUGUCCUCAGCCAAGCUGAGCUGGCAGCAAGAGAAGGAGGAGGUGGAGCAGGCUUGGUCCCUGCGGCUGGAGCGGGCGGUGGAGGAGGAGAGGCGGCUGCGGGCAGCGCUGACCCAGGAAGGGAGCUGUCAGACCGAGGUCCCUGGGGUCUCCCGGGAGGAGGUGGAGGCGCAGCUGCAGGAGCAGAGGGAGCGCCUGCAGCGGGAGACGCAGGAGCAGAGGGAGCGCCGUCAGCGGGAGGCGCAGGAGGAGCAGGUGGCGGCAGUGGAGGAGGCGGUGAAGCGCACGCAUCGGGAGCUCCAGCAGAAGCACCUGAAGGAGGUGGCCAGACACAUGGAGGGGGCCUUGUCCAGGGCGCACGGCCGCUGGCUGGAGGAGCUGCCCACACACCCGGAGUACAGGGCCAGCCUGCAGGCAGAGAGGAGCCAGUGGGAUAGGGAGCAGGUGCAACACACACACACACAGAUCUCGGCUGCCGUGAAGGCUGCAGAGGACCAAUGGCAGGAGAGCGUGCAGGCGGAUAGGGCGGAGCUGGAGAGGAGCAGAGAGACGAUUGGCCAGCUGCAGGAGGAGGUGCGGUCCCUUCAGGAGGAGGUGCGGUCGCUGGGCGCCCAGCUGGAGCUCUCGCAGGAGCAGCAGGAGACGCUGAUGGGAGUGGAGCUGGCUGCGGCCCGUGCCGCCUGGACCAGGGAGCAGCAGGAGGAGACCAGCCGCCUGCAGAACCAGCACCAGAACCAGCUGGACCAGCAGAGAGCCCAGCUGGAGCAGAACCUGCAGCAGGGGAGUGAGGAGAAACUGAGGCGUGUGCUGAAGGAGACGCAGGAGCGACACGAGAACAAGAUUCUCCAGAUACAUCAGGACUCCUCAGCCGAGUGCUCAGGGGGGCGGUGUGUGAGUAAGCACUGCUCGGAGACGUCCGCCCGGCUGCAGAAGAAGAGCCAUGAGCUGCAGAAGCACCUGGAGAAGGCCUGCAGACAGCUGCAGCAGAUGGCCAGGGACCACAGGACCGCCAUGCACACACUCACAGAGGAGCACGAGGAGGUCUUGCGACAGGAGAGGGAAGCCCGUGCCAAGGCAGUGGAGGAGGCCCAAAGAUCCGCUCAGGACGCAGCUCAUGGUGAUCAGAGGAGCCUUCAGGCUGGCCUGGAGGAGAUGAAGGAGCAGUACACCGGUGCAGUGGAGAAGAUCAGAGGGGACAUGCUGCGGUACCUUCAGGACAGUAAGGAGCGUGCGGCGGAGCUGAUCCGUGUUGAGGUGCAGCAGGAGAGGCAGGAGACGACCAGACGCAUGCGCCGCUACUACCUAGCCUGCCUGCAGGAGCUGCUCAAGGACGGGGGGCACAGCAAUGGGGCUGAAAAGAAGAUCAUUAACGCCGCUAGUAAGCUGGCUGCCAUGGCCAAAGUCUUGGAAACGCCCGUGACCAAGAAGAAGCUCAGCAAGAGCCCCACAGCUCAAGGUUGGUCAUCUGCAGGAGAGACGAACUCCAGCAGCCUGCCUGCCCAGACUCCCAGACUCCCCUGUGGCCUCGCCCCUGCCUCUGAGUCUAGAGACCCUGUUGGAGGGCGGCCUCAGGACCCGGCCUCUCUCAGAGGAGCACCAGUCAGCAGCACCGACCCAAACGGCCGUGUCUCGGCCCCACACCGCGCCCAGCCUUCAGAGAGACUGAAGGAGUCCAAACCCUCAGCGCAGAGGUCCCAGGCCCUGCUAUCCCAGAAGCCCCCCAUAGAGGGCGCUCCCCUGCCCUCCUCUUCCUCCUCCUCCUCCUCCUCCCAUGGUGGGUACCUGAGUGGAGCAGGUAUAGGGGACGUCAGCCUGACCCACGUCACCCUGAGGAGCCAGCGGAGGGAGAGGCACCCCCCCCAGCAGCACCCGCAGCACCCGCGCCGCACAGGGUCGGACCCAGGGAGGCCCACAGGUGAGCCGUACCCGCAGGCUGAGACGCAUCGCACCCAGGAGCACAGCUUCACUCAGGAGCCUCCGGUCAGGGAUGGGAGCACUGGCUCCUACCUCCUCCCGCACACACACACACUCACCAGCAGCAGCAGCUCCUACCUCCCCGCACACACGCACACGCUCAGUAGCAGCACUGGCUCCUACCUCCCUGCACACACACACUCUCCAGAGGUAGACCUGUUCAGGCCACUGUCUGCGCUGGGACCUGAGUUUGACACGUGCAGCAGCUUCCUGGGAGAAAGCAGUGACUCCACCAUCUACAGGGAGAUCGUGAAGGCGACCAAGCUCCCUCUGGAGGCUGGCCAGGGGCCGGGGGGAAGGGGCAGACUGGGUUCCAAGAGCCUCUUCUCGGAGAUGCCAGGGUUUCAUAAGGACAGUGGCUUUGACAGCCCUCCCUCCCAGCUGAGGAAGAGACCUACCUGAGGACACACACACACAGACACCCCCCCCCCCCACACACAAACACACAGGCUCCACUUUGGACUGCCCGAUGUAUACCGUGGCCCCCGCCACCACACACACACACACACACACACACACACACACACACACACACACAGUCUCUGCUUUGGGCUGUGUUAGCCAGCCACAGCUGAGAUUCGUUUUUAUACUUGUUUACACUCUCAAGAGGGGGUUUUAAGGAAUGUGAUGUUUGUUUUGGAAUCAAGUGCCUUGUUUGACCAAACUGGUGCACUAUCCUCCCAAAGUGCAAGUGUCAUUUUUUUAUGUUUAUUUAUGAAAGUUGUGAAAUAAGUUUAUUCCGUCUAAGUGUCUGUGCGUUUGUGUUUUUAUACCAGUCGUUACGACUAAUUUGUUUUAUGUGUCUUAUCAAAUUAAAUGGUUUUACAGAGAAA